UCCCGCGGCGUACCUCGCGGCGCCGCGCCCGGCCGGUGGCCUUGCCCAACGGCUACGCCUCCUCGGUCAGCGGCGCUGCGGCGCGCGGGACUGCUUAUAAAGCCGCCGCGGCAGCUCUGCUUUCCUCCGUUACCUCCUCCACCCCAGCAGAGCUCGAGAGACCAAAGGGAGUUGGGGGAGAUCAUGGCGAGGAGCACGCGCUCGCUGGCGUUCUUUGUGCUCGUUGCCCUGGCCGUCCGAGCCAUUUCCGCCGUCACCGAUGGGCUGUUGCCCAACGGGGACUUCGCGCAGGGGCCGGACAAGUCGGAGAUGAACGGCACGGUGGUGACGGCGCGCCACGCCAUACCGAGCUGGGAGAUCUCCGGGUUCGUGGAGUACAUCGCGCCCGGGCACAAGGAGGAGGACAUGAUCCUGCCGUUGCCGGCGGGCGCGUCGGCCGUGCGGCUGGGCAACGACGCCGCCAUCCGGCAGCAGCUCAACGUCACCCGCCACAUGUUCUAUUCCGUCUCCUUCAUGGCCGCGCGGUCGUGCGCCCAGGCCGAGAAGCUCAACGUGUCGGUCGACCCCGAGUUCGGCGUGCUCCCGAUCCAGACCGUGUACACCAGCACCGGCUGGGACACCUACUCCUGGGCCUUCAAGGCCAGGCACAGCACCGGGUGGCUGAGCAUCCACAACACCGGCGUCGAGGAGGACCCGGCGUGCGGCCCCCUCCUCAUCGCCGUCGCCAUCAAGACCCUCUACGCCCCCCACCACACCAAGGGUAACAUGCUGAGGAACGGGGACUUCGAGCAGGGGCCGUACAUCUUCCCCGGCACCCCGUGGGGCGUGCUGGUGCCGCCGAUCACGGAGGACGUGCACUCGCCGCUGUCGGGCUGGACGGUCAUGUCGGACACGAAGGUGGUCAAGUACGUGGACGCGCCGCACCACGCGGUGCCGCGGGGCGCGCGCGCCGUGGAGCUGGUGGCCGGCCGGGAGGGCGCGCUGGUGCAGGAGGUGCGCACCGUGCCCGGGCGGGCGUACAGGCUGUCCUUCGCCGUGGGGGACGCCGCCAACGGCUGCAGCGGGUCCCUGGUGGUGGAGGCGUACGCGGGGCGGGGGACCCUGAGGGUGCCGUACGAGUCCCUCGGCACGGGCGGGUCCACGCCCGCGGCGCUCGAGUUCACGGCGGUCGCCAACGAGACGCGCGUGGUGUUCCAGAGCUCCAACCAUCUCAUGAAGUCCGACGCCACGCUGUGCGGGCCCGUCGUCGACGACGUCUCGCUCGUCCCGGUGCGCGUGCACGCUGCCCGCCGGCUGCGUUUGUAGCGCAUAUCUAUCUUUUUACAGUAGUUUUGGAGUUUCUUACGUUUGUACCGGCCGGCAUUCGAUGCGCCCUGUGUUGAGCGCCGCGCUCGAGGCCGUUGCAUCAACGACACAAUAUAUAACAGUCUCCCUGAAGGGAGACUUCAACGA